CUUCUCUUUUUAAAACCCCCUCUUCUCCCUCUCUCCUCAUAACAUUUCCAAGCUGGCUAGCUAGUACAUCCACACCCAUCUUCUUCCUCUCUUUUCACUCUUUGUGCCAUGGUAAUGGGAGCCUUACGCCAUUUUGAACCAAUCACAAAAUGCAGCACAGAACAAAGAUCAAACCAAACCGUGGCUUCAGACUUGGAUGGCACACUUCUUGUGUCUCGAAGUGCUUUCCCUUAUUACAUGCUUGUUGCUCUUGAAGGUGGAAGUUUCCUAAGAGGACUUGUCCUCUUAGCCUCUGUCCCUUUUGUGUAUUUCACGUACCUAUUCAUAUCUGAAACCGUGGCUAUCAAAACCUUGAUCUUCAUUACCUUCGCCGGGUUGAAGAUCAAAGAUAUUGAGAUGGUGUCAAGGUCAGUGUUACCAAAGUUCUAUGCAGAUGAUGUCCAUCCUGAGACAUGGAAAGUGUUCAAUUCUUUUGGUAAGCGUUACAUUGUUACUGCUAGUCCAAGGUUGAUGGUGGAGCCAUUUGUUAAAACCUUUUUGGGUGCUGAUAAGGUUCUUGGGACAGAACUAGAGGUAACAAAAUCAGGGAGGGCAACUGGGUUUGUUAAGGAACCUGGUGUGCUAGUUGGUGAGCACAAGAAAGAAGCUAUUGUCAAGGAAUUUAAGUCUAGCUUGCCUGAUUUGGGAUUAGGAGAUAGUGAAACCGAUCAUGACUUCAUGUCAAUUUGCAAGGAAGCAUAUAUGGUGCCAAGGACUAAGUGUGAGCCACUACCAAGAAACAAGCUUCUAAGCCCAGUUAUUUUUCAUGAAGGUAGGUUUGCUCAAAGGCCAACUCCUCUAGCUGCCCUCUUAACCUUCCUAUGGCUUCCAAUUGGUAUAAUACUCUCUAUCUUAAGGGUCUACCUUAACAUCCCUUUGCCUGAAAGAAUUGCAUGGUACAACUAUAAGUUGCUUAGAAUCAGAGUUACUGUGAAGGGUACCCCUCCACCACCCCCAAAGAAAGGUCAAAGUGGAGUCCUAUUUGUUUGUAACCACCGCACAGUUUUGGACCCAGUGGUUACAGCAGUUGCACUAAGAAGAAAAAUUAGCUGUGUCACAUAUAGUAUAAGCAAAUUCACUGAAAUAAUUUCACCAAUCAAAGCUGUGGCACUCACAAGGGAAAGAGAGAAAGAUGCAGCUAACAUCAGGAGUUUGCUUGAAGAAGGGGACUUGGUGAUUUGCCCUGAAGGCACAACUUGUAGAGAACCAUUCCUUUUAAGGUUCAGUGCACUUUUUGCUGAGCUAACUGAUAGAAUUGUCCCAGUUGCUAUCAACACAAAACAAAGUGUGUUUUAUGGGACAACAGUUCGUGGUCAUAAAUUGUUGGACCCUUAUUUUGUGUUCAUGAAUCCCAUGCCUACAUAUGAGAUCACUUUCUUGAACCAGCUUCCCAAAGAGCUAACAUGCAGUGGAGGGAAAUCUGCAAUUGAGGUUGCAAAUUACAUUCAAAGGGUCCUUGCUGGUACUCUGGGAUUUGAAUGUACCAAUUUAACUAGGAAGGACAAGUAUGCCAUGAUUGCAGGAACAGAUGGGACAGUUCCAUCUAAGAAGCAGAAAGCUUGAGACAGAGCAGUUCCAUCUAAGUAGUUCCCUUUUGAUUCUGUAUUGUGUUUCCAAAACAAUUAGAAUUAUGAUAGUAAUAAAAACUGAUUGUGAUGAUUCCCAUAAA